AUGAUAGAUAGCUAUAAAUUUUUGUUUUCUUUUUAUUUUUAUUACGCUACUUUUUUAUUUUUCGAUGAAAUACCAACUUUGCAGCUCGUCGAUUCUGUCAUCCCUGUGCUUACCAUUGUUCUCUCUUUGAUUGGUCUCAUAGUUAACGGGAUAUUUAUUUAUUUAACCAUAAAAGGGAUAAGGGACAAAGUGUUGCCAUUGAAGCAGUAUCAAAACAUGACGUUGGAGGAACUGGACUACUUGAUUCCCCAUGGACGGACCAUGUUUACUAUGUUGUUGACGUUGAACUUUUGGGCUUCAGCUGGCUGUUAUUCGGUGCUGGCCCUGUUCAUGUUUCUCGCUGUUCGCCAUCCAAUCAUCUAUCGAGUGAAGAUCACAUCGAAGCGAACCACGUAUGCGAUCGUUGCUGUUUGCAUUUCAUCGAAUAAUGCCUUCAACAUUUUCAACUCCGGGACCGAUCUUAUUCAGUGGUCAGUCAGUACAGAGGAUUUCGCGCUGUCCAUUUCGAAUUUAGUUAUUGUUCUGAUAGCUUUGGUAAUUGGUACUUCAUCCUACAUAUUUAUAAUCGUCUACCUAUGGCGAGUACGACGAUCCAGAGGCGAAGUUAAUCAGCAUCUGAUGUCGAUCGUCAGAAUGGCAUUGAAUGUGUUCGCAUUUGCCAUCUCCUGUGUCGUCAUGGCUGGUUUCGUUUCCAUCCCGCUCGUUCUUAAGACGCAAAUUGAUGAUCUCAAUUGUGAACUGCUUGAGAACUCGACAUGCGAAUCAGUUGUGGGUGCAUACGAACUGGGAUUUCACAUGGCACAAUGGACGACAGCAGCGAUGACCGGCUGGCAGCUUCGAAUGAUUGUCGAUCCGGUGGCUAAUAUCUUUCUUGACAAUAGGUAA